GUGCAAUACAUUUAAUUCAGGCUAUUUUCGGGACUACUCGUUCAGUUGGGAUUUUUCGAAAACACUAUCAUCGACUAUCUACUUGCUUUUUUACUUACGUCUGGCACGAAAAGCGUAUUAGCAUUUGAAAAGAUUAGGAAUUACCACAAAUGUAUAGUUAGCAUAAAUGUUGAUCUUUCUUUUUCAGUUUAAUGCAGUUUAUAAUCAGGCAAGAUUUCGGGCCUCUAUUAUUUCAAUAAGGUCCUCACUAUACGACCAGCGUACUUUCCACUCGCUUUUUUAAGCAAUAAACGUUUGAUGAUUUAACAGAUUACGAACAAGCGCUUUUUGAAAACACGCGUUUAGGAAGUAUUGUGACGAAACUGAUAAUUAUCGCUCUGUAUACGCUCGUUCGACAUGUUGAGCUCCGGCCACCGUGCCCUUCGAAAUCUGCUCGACCAAAUCACUACCCGGGGGUUUUCUGUGACUCCUGUCCAGAGCACUGUGGUGGUGGAGCGCUGGUGGCAGGUGCCCCUGUCCAAAUUGGGCAGCCCCCCGAGGUUGCACCCCCGCAGGCACCGCAUCUACAAGCUGGUGGAGGACACAAAACAUGCUCCCAGGCAAAAGAUGGAGCUCAUCCUCACACAGAAUGUCCCUAAGUUGGGUGGUCGAGGAGAAACUGUGUUUGUCAAAAAGUCAGUGGGGCGGAGCAAGCUGCUGGCCCAGGGGCUUGCCGUGUACCCGUCUCCAGAGAACAAGCAGAUGUUCGCGGAGGAGUUAAGGCUUUUGCGUGAGGGCACCAUUGAUGAAAGAGUCCAAACCCGAACAGGACAACUGACAGUGGAGUACCUGAAGCGCUGCAAGCUGAGAAUCAACAAAAUGCCCUCGGAAGACUUUAAACUGACUAGUGAGGUGGUGAGGAGGCGAUUUCUUCAGCAGCUGUUCGUGGUGGUGCCUCCUCAUGCCUUGAAGCUUCCAUUUGAGCCCAUUACAGAAUUGGGCGACUACUGGUGUGAUGUAACGGUGAACGGAAUGGACACGGUCCGAGUCCCCAUGUCCUUGGUCCCCUACGAGGACCUUUCGGCCAGUCAUCAGCGCCUCCUGAAGGCGCAGCGACGCCAGCAGGCCGCUGAGGACGUGAAGCACCAAGUGGAAGAGGAGGGCAUGACUGAGACAAGUCAGGUCCAUGCGACAGCGCCACCAAGUGACAACCACAAACAGGACUGAAAAGACACUAAAAGGACCUCUGUGGAUUCUUUGGACAUUAUUGUCAAAGAACACUUGCGUAUCGAGCCAUUGUCUCCUUAAAAUGGCGGUCACUAAGGUAAAUUUGAUUGUAUGUCAAGGUUAUUAUGGUUCACGAAAACUAACAAAGACCCCAAAACUUUGAGAAAAUGUUGGGGGGGGAAAUCAUUAACAAAUUCAGGUAAGAAAAUGCUUUUAAAAAAAUGGAAACUGAAAUGACAUGUUUGAUAAUUAUAGUUGAUUAUAUAUUCCAUUUUUUUUUCAUUUUGUACUUGACGAACAACUCGUAUAAAACAUGGAAGCUCAAUCAUUUUCCCCCAAAAUAGAAAGUGAAAAACAGCUACUCAAACAACUCAUUGAAACAAAAUAAUUUUUAAAAAAAGUUGAAAUAAAAACCAAGCUGUUACAACCCCGCUGUGUAUCAGUUGCUAUUGUCUUAACUGCGUGACGUAAACGAUUGGCGGUGAUAUUACAAGUGGAGUGUCUAAAGUCUUGCACUAAUUUUUCCAUAGUCCCCAUUCAAGUUCCAAUUUAAGGUUAGACUUUGGGUUUAUGGAAGAAAGCGUUUUGAUGUGAUUUCUACUUUCAAAUCUCAAUCAUUUGCAAGAGUGUCUUGUUUGCUUGUUUCUCUACACAUUUCCAUGCGACCAAGCCGAUUUCCUUUUUGUUUUAUUUUUCUUCCUCUCUCAUGACACAGUUGCAAUGACUUUGCACAACAUGUCCUCACAUCCUGAGUUGUGUCAAAGCUAACCGAUGCCGCAUUCACGUCGUUCGGAAUCAGAGCAGCGGAUGCUUUUUAGGCUCGUUUACAUGUUGUUGGUUAUUUUUGUUCAAAGAUGGACCACAUGCCUCACGGUGACGUUCCCAUUUCAUCCAUCGUGGUGACCAACUUCAUGUGGUGUUUGGUGAUGAUCGCAGGCAUCGGUUUGGGUGCCGCUCAUCUGAGCCAGUGCCCGGCCCAGGCCAAAAUCCCAGUCUACCUUGUGGUUCUGGGCGUGUCCAGCUUACUGGCUCUGUCGUUGACCUACUGCCGCUGCAUCUGGGAGGAGGGCAUGAUGCGCACGCUCAUCUCCGUCUGCAUGACCCUGCUACACCUCUUCACGUUCUGCUAGUUGGUCGCAGGCUCCACCUGGGUCUACGGCGCCUAUCCGCCCAGCUUCACGCCCUGGAAAGCCCGGUACUGCCACAGGACCACCUACAACUUCGCCUUCGUGAUCACCACACUGGUGUGGGCCGCCGCCACGGUCUCGCUGAGCUGCUGCGCUUGCUUCCUCAUGCUGACCUGCUGCAUGACGGUCACGGCGAGACACCGGCUGAUGCCCAGCCGCCCCACAUCCUACGGAACUGCUCAUCUUCUUGAAGAGGACGGGACAGCAGGUGCUGUCUGAUCCCAAACCAAGUGUGGAGGUUUUUAUUUAUUUUUUUUGGGGGGUGGGGCCGUUAAAAUUGUUUGUGGAGUGUGGGGGUAAAUUGUUGUACCGUUAGUUAUAAGCCCAUGUUAGUUUCAAACAAAGGUUUAGGUUUGUCAAUACGCAUCUCGGAUGCAUGGGGUAUGAUAUGAUUGAAGAACGGCACAUUUUUAAGGGGGGGGUCUAUAAAGUAUAGCUUUAUCUUUUGUCAUGUUUUUAAAGAUGUAAAGGCUCUCUAAAGCCCAAACUAUUUAAGGUUAUUAAAUCAAGAGAAAUGUG